AUGUUGAGACGAAGGUUAGCUUCACUUAUACCCACCUCCGUCCGUACUGCCCAGAAUCACUACCCUAAACCCACCUCCCAUCUCGCACCCCUACAGUUUGUGUCGCUGCUGCAUUUUCAGCAAUGCCAGGGUCAUGUUUCCAUCUCCGGCUGUCAUCAUCCCGGCGGCGGUGUGAGGGCUUACAGCAGCCUAUUGUCGUUGAACGAUUUGAGGGACAAUCCAGGGUCUCGAAAGCAGAAAACUCGCAAGGGGCGGGGAAUCGGGUCGGGCAAGGGAAAGACUGCGGGCCGUGGGCACAAGGGUCAAAAAGCCCGUGGCACUAUGAAAUUUGGGUUCGAAGGUGGCCAGACGCCGCUCCGUCGACGCCUCCCCAAAAGGGGCUUUAAGAAUCCCUUCACUCUCACGUUUCAGCCUGUUGGCUUAGGGAAAAUUGCAAAACUGAUAAAUGCUGGGAAGAUAGAUUCUUCAGAGUUGAUCACAAUGAAAACUCUCAAGGAUUCAGGAGCAAUAGGAAAGCAAAUCGAAGAUGGAGUUCGAGUGAUGGGACGUGGGGCCGAACACAUUAAAUGGCCUAUCCACCUCGAGGUUUCUAGGGUGACCGUGUGGGCAAAAGCGGCAGUUGAGGCGGCUGGUGGGUCCGUGAGGAGAGUGUACUACAACAAACUAGGGUUACGGGCCCUGCUGAAGCCCGAAUGGUUUGAGAAGAAAGGUAGGUUACUCCCAAGAGCAGCAAGGCCACCGCCCAAACAGAAAGAUAAGGUCGAUAGCAUUGGCCGCCUGCCUGCCCCCACAAAACCCAUUCCUUUUACCAAUGAUGAACAAAAAGAGGCUUCAACAAAUGCCGCUUAA